AUGCUCAAACUCAUCUGUGCCCUGAUCUGCUUUUGGUCGUGCACUAUGGUUGCACUUGCUGCUCCGAUUACCACUGGCCAGAUAGUACUCAAGGAUACCCAGCGUAAAACAUCUCCGUGCGAUGGUGAUCCAGAUGAGGCCCUCAAGGAGUAUGCGCGCAAAGAACAGGCAGAAGACAAUGCAUUUGGACUAUCGUUUGAUUUGGAGGCAUUCUUACAGGAGAUUGAAGAGGAAGAAGAACAAGAGGCCAAAGAUGAUACUGUAUUUCUUGAACUCGAAGAUACCUGGCCAUUUGAAGAAGAGGCUCAACGGACUGAGCUAGAGGCAGCUCUCCUGGCUUUACUCUGGCCAGAACAAGAAGAGGAUCCCCUGGACUUUUGCUCGGAUACAUAA